UGGUUUGAUCCGGUCGUGAAUGUGAAUCUGUUCUUUUAUCCGAGUGACGUCGGUGAAAUGCAGAUUGUUUGAUGCUCGGGGGAAUUCUUUUGAAUUUUUUACACUUAGCUUUUUAGCAAUUUGAAUCAUUUUCUGACAUCCAGUUUCCGUUGGCGGCUCAUUGGGAAACAGGCCGGAGAGACGCAGGAGGUUUUCUCCUUCUUUUCUUGUUCAUUGUGGAUGAAAGGCGACCUCACCACGAGGCCCCUGAGAGCCUCCUGUCAGCGGGUCAAAGAGCCGCUCUAAUCCGCCCGGAUACCCGCUUCAAAGCCUCAGAGAAUAAGAUCAUCACUUUAUUAGAUAACCUCCGGCUGCUAAAAUGGCCUGCGAGAAGAGACUCUCUGCGAGACGGAAGCACACUCUGAAAGGAUGCAUGCUGCUGGUGGCCACCAACAUGCUGGAGGCCGAGGCGGGGGUGAAGGUCGGGGAGAGGGAGAACUUCCUGUCCGAUAAAUGUCCUGCUCUGGAGCUGCCGUACUCCAAGGACGAGCUGGAGGAGCUUUGCAAGAAACUCCACGACCAGAUAAACAUCAGCGAGGAGGAGCGAUACAGCAUCGAGUUCAAACUCAACCUGGUCAUGACUGAGGUCAGAGACCUCAACAUAAAGAUCGUGGACAUGAGGGGGAAGUUCAAGAGACCUCGGCUGAAGAAGGUGCGCAUGUCUGCCGACGCCAUGCUGAAGGCCCUGCUGGGCUCCAAGCACACGGUCAACAUGGACCUGAGGGCCAACCUGAAGCAGGUCAAGAAGGAGGUCAAGGAGGAGGACAAGCAGCUGCGUGACGUGGGAGACUGGCGUAAGAACAUCGAAGACAAGUCUGACAGGAAGAAGAUGUUCGAUAGUUAAAUGUGAUCGCUGGGCUCAAGGACAGAAUUCAGGUCCAGUGUCUUUGUAAAGAGUUUUAUUCCAACAUGCUGCAUCUCCUUUCCUCUGAUAGUGUGUCUGGACCACAGUGAGUGAAGAGCCAUGCUCUCCUCAGUUGGUUUCUGGAUAUUUUUCCUUGUAACAAAACUCUUUGAAUCUGAGCUGCCUUCUGUUUUGACUUUGCAUGACACAGUAAUGUGAUGUAUUUGAACUGCGUGUACUGAGGUCAGUAUUAGUGCUCGAGUGAAGAAUCCAACCUGCCUUUCUACAGUGAAGCAUGAGUCAUAUUAUUCUAUAAGAAUCAGAACUAGUAUCUGUUAGGAUAUUCCUUAUCCACCCGAGUUGGUUGAUAGAAGAAUCCACUGCAGGAAAUUAGUUAAAAAGUUUAACAUUUAUUUAGAAGAGAAAAAGUUGUACAUGAGCAAUUCUCCACAGAUAUAUCUGGAGACAAUGAAAUACGUAUCGCAAGCAAAUCCCUUCAAAAGUCCGCCUGCCUUCUGACACUGACCUGUUUUAAUCCCUCUGGUGCCCUUGAACGUUGGUUCAACCCAGUUCAUCCUUCUGUAACAAACGCCUUCCCCGAACAAUGAGUGUCUGGUACUCUCUCCUGCAGCCUUCGGCCUUGCCCUGAAAAUGGGUUCAAACUGGCUCUCCCUUCGGUCGCAGGUGUGUUAUCUCAGAUAAUAUUUUAUCUUCAUUUUUCCUGUGCUCUCUCUUCCACCAUUCACAUUGUCUGCCUUAUAAGAACCGAUCCGGUCACGCCAUCUGUCCUACAAGCGGACAUCUAUUCUACAAGCUAAAAAGUAAAUACAAGAAGACACACACAGAGAACCCCACAUCCCACAUAUCACAUUUACAGCCAAUCAUGUGAGCUUCUAAUUUAAAAUGAGUGAACAUCCUCCACCAGACUUUUGUUAAACCUGGUCGUAAUCACUCUGCUUUGUUUCCAGUUUCAAAAUGAAAUCACAGAUUCCCUGUCAUUGGUGUCAGAUGGUAACGGCAGAGUGUGACGUUAGCCAACGUUAGCCGACAUCAGCUGACGUUAGCCAAUGUUUGCCAACGUUAGCCGACGUUAGCCGACGUUAGCCAACAUCAGCUGACGUUAGCCAAUGUUUGCCAACGUUAGCCAAUGUUUGCCAACGUUAGCCAACGUUAGCCGACGUUAGCAUGGCUGAUCCGUAGCAGAAGUGUAAUUUAGUAAAUCUUUUCUAAACUGUCCCAACAGGAGUGUGAUGUACGUUCCUUCUUGUUGCUGUCACAUUAAAUAAGAAACGUUCAUCUUCA